AUGAGUCAUAAUAAAAUUAAUUAUCAUUUAUCUGUAAAAGAUGAUGAAAUAAAAAAGCACGAAUCCAAUAAUAAAUUUGGGAUAUAUAAAUAUAAGAAUGAACAAACUUAUAAAACAUAUGAUGAUAAAGAUACUCCUAAUUAUAUAAAUAAUUUUUAUGAUUGUUUAGAUACUUUCUGUGAUAAUGUAGGAGAUAAAAAUGAGUUUGAAAAAAACAAAGUCAUAAUGAAAAAUGGUACUACAAAUGUACAUAAACAUUAUGAUAAUACAUUUAAUAAAAAUAGGAAUAGUGUUAUAUCCAUAAAUAAUAUAAAUAGUGCAUAUAGAAACGAAACAGAUAAUAAACAUUAUAUAUCAAAUAGUGUUCCUAAAUAUUUAAAUAAUAACUUAUUUAUUGAUGAAAAUAUAUUUAAAACUCAAAAUAAUGAUAACGAUGAAAAUAUUAGAAAAUUUCGGAAUAUAUCUUAUAGUGAAAUAAAACAUCCAUAUUAUAAUUACUUAAGAAGAGAUGCAGAACCAAAAUGUCGUAUGUCCAAUGAAAGGAUAUAUUCAUAUAAUAAGGAUAAUUACAUUAAUCCUCGUUUAAAAGAUAAUUAUUGUAAUAUAAGUAAUUCUCCACGUAAUAAUAGAGAUAUGCAUUUACAAAUAAGAGAUGAAAAUUGUAAAUAUGUUGAAAAGUUUUAUACAAAUUAUCAAAUACAAAAAGGCAAAGAAAAGGAUGCAUAUAAUAAUAAUAAAAGUAGCAAUAAUAAUAAUAAUAAUAAUAGUAGCAAUAAUAAUAAUAAUAAUAAGGCUGGUUAUUAUAAUUAUUAUGUUUAUAACAAGGGUUUUAAUUUUUAUGAAGAAACCAUAAAUAAUAAUAACCAAUUAAAACAGUAUAGUAAUAUACAUUCCUUAAAAAGUAUAGAUGGUGAUCAAUAUUCCCAUUUAAAUUACACUUCAAAAAGUUUUAAUGAUAAUAGAAACAUGAACUAUUAUCAAGAUCAAAAUAAACAUAAUAAUAAUUCAUAUGAUGCUACAAGAAAGGAAGGUAAUGAAAAGCAGUAUCACUUGUAUCAAAACGAAAGUAUAAUUCCCUUUUUAGAAAAUGAACAUAGAAUAAAUGAUCCAAUUAUUAAAAUACAUGAAAAAGAGAUAACACGUUAUCAAAAUAUAGAAUAUCUUGAAAAUAACGAACAUAUUAGAAAUAGACAUAAAGGGAGAAGUAUUCCUGGCGAAAAUAUGAUGUUUCAAUUUGAUAAGAUAAUAGAAAAAAAAGUUAAUAUUUCAUAUACUCAUCACGAAUAUGUUAUAAGAAAUAAAAACAAACCUAUUGAAUACAACAAAGAUGAUUUCUAUUUUUGUAAAGAUAAAGAAGAUAGUGAAAAUAUGAUGAAGUGUGAUCUAAAAAUAAUGAAUGAACAGGAUGUUAUACAUAAUAUAAAUGACACUUCAAUGAAUCCUGAACAAAAAAAAACAAUCAUUAGGAUUCAGAAUGAUAAUAAUUUAUAUAAUGAAUAUGAUAAUUAUGAUAAUGAUAUGAACAUGUUCAUAAAUAAAAUUUAUAAAAAUAAUAUGUACCAUAAUGAAAGGAUGCCUAGAUUCAGUGAAUAUCAAAUUUAUAAGAAUUCGAACGUAAUGUAUUUAAAUAAAAGUGAUAACAAACAGAAGCUUAUGGAAAAUAUAAAUUGCCAUUAUGAAAAUUUUAAUUCAAAAAAUAAUGCAAGUUUAUUACCUGUUCAGGAAAAUAGAAAAAAUGAUAAUGGAUUUUAUAUGAACAGUCAGAAAUAUAUGAAAAAUAUUCUAAAAGAACCUGCACAGUCAGAAGGGUCAUUUUGUUCUUACGAGAAAGGUUAUCAUAAUUAUAAUAAUGGAAAUAAAGCUAGCAUAAUUAAAGAAUUAGAUAUUAACAUGAAACAGAUAUGUAAAGAUGGCUAUGAUGUAAAUAAAAAAAUAAAAAAAAAUCAAGAAAGGAAAGAAUGUAAUGUUAAUUAUUUUCCAUAUAAAACAAGUGCAUAUGAAGAUAAAACAAAUAAUACCACAAUGAAUAUGUUAAAAAAAGUAAGAACAUAUAGUCACACAUCUUCAAAUCAUUUUUUAAAUAAUUCUUAUGUAAAUAAGAAUAUACAAACUAAUUUUCAAGAUCAUAAGCAAAAUGUUGAUCAUAAUUCAUAUGGAUAUAUUGUGAAAAAUGUGGAAGACAAUUAUAUGAGCAAGUUAAAUAAUUUGUCACCAAGGAAAGAAAAAAUGAAUAUGGAACAUUUGAAAGAAAGAAAGGAGCAACAUAAUCAUAUGCUUUCUUCAGAAAAAAAUUGUUGUUUUAUAGAUAAUAAUAAUAAUGAAACAAAUUAUAAUAGAGUAUUACUUUUAAAAAAUAUUGAUAAAGAAAUAGAAAUAGAUAAUAUUUCGGAGCAUUUAAUAGAAGAAAGAAAUAAUAAUUCUUCUUUGGAAUAUCAUAAUUUGAAACAAAAUGGAAAUGAUAGGAUUCCAAAAGGAAAAGAUAAUAUGUGUGAUAUUUCAGAUAUUUAUAAUAAAAAUAUAUAUACGAAUGAAAAUAAAUUUGAUGAAUUUGACGAAUUUGCAGAAAUUUAUGAUAAUAUAAAUAAAGACAUUCAUAAAUCGAAGGAGAAUAAAAAUUUCGAUAUAUGUGAUAGAAAUAAGCAUAUAAAAAAUGAAGAAGAUGAAUUUUUAGAAAUUUAUCAUAAUACAAAAGGUUUGAAAAAUAUUGAGAUGGAUGAAUUUUUAGAAAUCACAGAUAAGAGUAAGAAAACAAAAGAAAAUAAUGUUCACGUUGAUGAAUUCUUAGAAAUCAUAAAUAAGAAUAAGAACAUAAAUGAAAGUGAUGUUCAUGUUGAUGAAUUUUUUGAAAUUAUUGAAGACACACAAAAGAUGAAAAAUAAUGAAAUCGAAUUAGAUGAAUUUUUUGAAAUUAUUGAAAGCACACAAAAAAUGAAAAAUAAUGAAAACGAAUUAGAUGAAUUUUUUGAAAUUGUUGAUAAAACGCAAAAUGUGAAUAAUAAAGAAGUACCAGUAUAUAUUAAUUUAGAGAAUCAUACUAAAGAUGAUAAUAUAAAUAAAAAUAGUGUUAUGAACAAUAUGCUCAUUGAAAAUGGCAUAGAAAAGGAAGCCAACAUAAAUAUCGAUUUUGUAAAAGAGGAAGAAAAAGAUACCAUAAAAUCAUUUUCCAGGAAUUAUACUUAUAAUACAAAUGUUGUUUCGCAUGAAGAAAAUGAUAUAAAUUUAUUACAUUUUUAUGAUGCAUAUGAAACAACAAAAGGAGAUAACAAACAACAUAAAUCAUUUAUGUAUGCUUCAGGAAAAGACGUUAUUAUAAAUAAAGAUAUAUUAAAAGAAAUGAGAGAAAAAUUAUUUGACGAUGAUAAGGAUACUAAUUAUUCAUCUGAGGAAAAUAAUAAAGGAGAUAAUAAGUACAAUAAAGAAUUAACCGAAAAAAUCGUAGAAAGGGAUAUAAACAUAUAUAUGGAUCGUUUAAAUGAGGAAAAAGAUAUAUUAAAACCAUUUCCUAGAAAUUUCACAUGUAAUACAAAUGUAUCUUCAAAUGAAGAAGCUUUAAUAAAUUUAUCUGAGUUAUGUGAUAUUAACGAAAAUGCAAAGAUAGCUAAUGAACAGAACAGAUCUUUUACGUAUGCUUCUGGCAAGUCUAUUCGUAUAAAUCAAGAUAUAUUGAAAGAGAUGCAUGAAAAAUUGUUUAAUGAUGAUGCUUAUUCAGAUAAUAAAAAUAAUAAUAAUAAUAAUAAUAAAAAUAAAAAUAAUAAUAAUAAUAAUAAUAAUAAUAAUAAAAAUAAUAAUAAUAAUAAUAAUAAUAAUAAUAAUAAUAAUUCAUAUGAAAAAAGUGCGAAGAAGAAGAAUGCAGAAUUGAAUACACCUUUUAUAUAUACAUCAGGGAAAGAUGUUAAUAUAAAUAAGGACAUAAAAACAGACAUAGAAGACAAAAUAUUUGAAGAUGAUACUAAUGAUUCAUAUGAAGAAAGUAUGAAAAUUGAUAAUAAAGAAUUAAAUACUUCCUUCACAUAUGCAUCAGGAAAGGCGAUUAAUAUAAAUAAGGAUAAACUAAAGGAAAUGAGACACAGAUUGUUUGACGACGAUGAUGGUUAUAAUAAUUAUUCUUUUGAAGAAUAUAAGAACGAAAAAAAUAAUAAUACAUUGGAUACAUCGUUUACAUAUGCAUCAGGAAAGGAGGUUAAUAUAAAUAAAGAUAAAUUAAAAGAGAUGAGACACAAAUUGUUUGACGACGAUGAUGGUUAUAAUAAUUAUUCUUUUGAAGAAAAUAAGAACGAAAAAAAUAAUAAUACAUUGGAUACAUCGUUUAUAUAUGCAUCAGGAAAGGAGGUUAAUAUAAAUAAAGAUAAAUUAAAAGAGAUGAGACACAAAUUGUUUGACGACGAUGAUGGUUAUAAUAAUUAUUCUUUUGAAGAAAAUAAGAAUGAUCAUAAUAAACAAGUAAAUACAUCAUUCACAUAUGCAUCAGGAAAGGAGGUUAAUAUAAAUAAAGAUAAAUUAAAAGAGAUGAGACACAAACUGUUUGAUAACGAUGAUGGUUAUAAUAAUUAUGCGAGUGAACAAAAGAUAAGGUCAGAAAAAAAAAAUAUAUUAUACGUCUCACAUGAUUCGGAGAAAAGUAGAAAAGUAGUAGAAGAUAAAAUAUUAAGAGAAAACGAAAGGGCACAAAUUGAUGAUAAUAAAAAUGGUCAUGAAAAAAAUAUAGAAGAAAAAUGUGUAGGAAGUUUAUUAUGUGAAGAUAGAGAUAAAGGUUCAGAAGAUGUGGAUAUGACCAAAUCGAAAGAACAGGAAUUAUACAAAUUAGACAAAUACGAUGAUUAUAUAAAUAAAAAAGAAGAAUUAAAUAAAGAUGAUAAAAAUUGUAGAUUGUUAGAUAAGUGUACCUUACAGAUGAAUAAAAAGAGAAAAAUGAGAUUUGAUAAUAUUUCAAAUUCUAAAAGAGAUUUUAUAAAUCCAAGGCAAAGAAAACAAAUAAAGAUAUUGGAAGAAGAAAAGAAUAUGAAUAUUUAUAAUAAAAAUAAUAAUAUAAAUAAUAACAAUAAAUGUAAGAAAUUGAACUUGAAAAUUAACGUAAGAAAUUAUGUAAAGUUAAUAAAAGAUAAUCUUUUAAAUAUAUCAAUAAAAAAAAAGAUAAAAGAUUGUAAGUUGACAAAUACAUUAAUAUAUAUAAAUGAAAAUAAAACACCUUUUCAUUUUUAUUGGUUCAAGGACGAUUACAUAUAUUUUUAUAAGAAUAAAGAAACUGAGGAAUAUUAUAUAUGUGAUAUAAAUAUACUAUAUGAAUUAUUCAUAUUGACAUUAAAAGAAAUGAAUUUAUUUGAUAUAUAUGAUUUUAAUUGGUUUUACAAAAAAUAUAAGUUGAUUAGUAUAUCUUUGAAUCGUACAUAUAGAAAGAAUUUAAAGAAGAAUUAUAAAAGUAUAAAGAAGGAGAUUAUGAAUAAAAUUAUAAGGGAUAAUUAUUUGCAUGAUGAUAUUGCAGGAGGUUUAUCUAUGCAUGAAUGCUAUGAUAAUUUUAUAUAUGAAUAUAUAAAUGCACAUACAUACAUAAAUCUGAGAAGAAAGCAUACAAAUUUUGUAUCAAAUGGAUAUAAGGAAAGAAUAUAUUUGAAUAAUGAAAAAGAGGGAACAAAUCAUGAUAACAAAAAUAAGUGGAAUAAUUAUGAAAUGGAAAAAGAUGAAUUUAUAGAUAUAAAAAAUUUAGAUGACAUAAAAUUUAAUGAAGAAAAAGAUUUUAUGGAUAAACUAAAUAAAAUGGAAUAUAAAGAAUUAAAAAAAAAGAAUUAUAUGAAAAUGAUAAUUAAAAGUAUUGAUGAAACAGAGGCACCUUGUCCUUUGAAAUUUAUGUAUAAAUUAUUAAAAAGAUAUUUAGAAGAAAAGAAUAAGAAAAAAAGUAUUUUACAAUUAUUAAAGGAUAGAACAGUAUCUUCUAAAAUAUCUAUGAAUUUAAGAGUUGAAGAAAUUAUAAUAGAAAAAAAAAAAACAAUAAAAAAUAAUAAGAAUAAUGAACAUAAUAAUAGUUUUAAUGAUGAUAUAUAUGAUAUUCAUAAUGAUGAUAACCAUAACAUUGUCUUAAUUUUAAGUGACAAUUUUGAUUAUAUACAUUGUUUUGUAAAAGAUGAUUAUUUAAAAAAUUUUAUAAUGUCUGAAAAAAUAAGAAAGGGGAAUAUUAUAAAAAUUAAUGCUUUAGAUAUAUAUAACAAUAAUAUGGGAGAAGGAAAAGAAAAUCAUGGUAUACAUACAAUAUAUUUUCUUUUAUCUAGUAAUGAUUUAAUUGAAAUAGAUAAAAAGGAUACACUAAAAAUUGGUUUCACAAAAUAUAAAGCUAAAAAGAUACGAUGUAUCCAAGAUUUUGGUAGUACUUGUUUUUUUAUAGACGUUAUAAUGAUAAGUAAAAGUGAUUUUUCUUAUGGAUUUUAUGAUCAAGUAAAAAAAAAAUAUUACCUUUUAAAUAGAAAUGUUUAUGAAAAACUCAUAUACAAUUUAAAGAAUGAAAUAACCAAAAUGUUUCAUGAGGAAAAUUUUAAAGAAAAUAAUGAGUAUAUUCGAUUGAAAAAUGAACUAACCAUGUUUCUUGAGGCAACACCUUUUUGUACGAUACAAGCUAUUGAUUAUUCUUCCUUAGAGAGCAUAAAGGAUACGGAUUCGUAUGAGGACAAAAUAGGAUAUUUGAUCAAUUCGUUAUGUCAAAUAAAAAUGUUCAAGAUUGACGAGGGAACCUAUGAAAGUCUACGGAAAGGAAGCCGAAUACAAUUAUUCAAUGUUUUCGUUCAAAAAUCAAAUAAUAAUAAUAAUAAAUUUAAUCAAUUUUUGGAUGACCACGUUUUAGAUGAUUUUCUUUUUAAUACAUUCAAUGGGAAGAUACAUGGGGAUAAUAUAAAAAGAGCUUUAAAUUAUCAUAUGUUUGAAUCUCGUUUUUUAAAAGAUAUUACAAAAAUAAAUAAUGAUGAUAUUACAUAUGAUAAAUAUUUACAGUGUAUACAUGCAUCAGUUUUAAAAAAGAAACAUUAUGCACCUAUAGUAUUUCAAGCUCUUCAUUCAACAUAUAUAAAUAUAGAUGAGAGAUAUAAAAGUAAGUUAUUUGAACAACUAGAAGAUGUUUUGAAAUUACAAAAUUAUAUACAAUUAAAAACAGAUGGUAGUAUAGUAACAAAAGAAACAAAAGAAAUAAAGGAAAAAACAUAUCCAUCAUUUAUAUAUACCAAUAUAUAUAAAAUACCUGUAUUAUCAAGUGUACAUUUUCAUAUAUUCAAAAAUUAUAUCAAAGAAAAUAACAGGGAAAACAAAAUAUAUUUUGAUUUAAUCCAAGGAAAUUUGUAUUAUAUAUCUGGUGUAGUUAUACAUUAUACGGACGUUGAAAUUAAGGAUAUUAUUGAUUUCAAAUGUGCGCAAGAGAAAAAAAAACUUUUAAACUAUAAGAUAUUUUUGUUGACAUCUAAUGGACAUUUAUGUUGUGUAAAUGUAUCCAUGACAUGUCCAGAUUUUUUAAUAUCCUCUUGUAAAAAGGAUUACGAAAAUAAAGAAAGGGAAAUAUUAAAAAAAAUGAUACAUGUGUAUUGUGUAGAAGAAAAAGAGAAAAAAAAAAAUAAUAAGGUUGAAAUAAAUAAUUCGAAUAAAAAAAAAAACGAAACGAAUACUUAUAAGAGUAAUAAUGUUCAUAAAAAUCAUAAGGAUUUAUUUAAUUAUUUAUAUAAAACAGAGGAUACAAAUUAUGAAGAAGGUGGUCCCUCUAAAUAUAAUAUAAAUUUCAAAAAUUUUGAUAUGGUUUUAUUUUUUAAAGACAUUGAGUUUAUAAAUUAUGAUGAUAAAAAUGACAUUUUUAACUUUAGGUCAUACACUCAUCCGCAUUUUGACAGCUUAAAAAUGUAUUCAAAUGAAUUUAUUAAAAUGAAGGGGAAUAUGGAAGACUUAAUAAAACUAAAUUAUAUAACUUUUGAAAAAAAUAAAAUUGUAAUUAAAGUAGAAGAUCAUUGUAAAAUAAAAGUGGAUAAAAAUAAUAUAUCGUCUAUGCAUUUUUUAUAUUUGUUAAUUUAUUCGAAAUGUAAAUCUAUUGAGCUAACUGGUGUGUGUGUAGAAAAUAAUUAUUUAUCGACAUUUUUAAAAAACAUAUGGAAUAUAUUUGUUCCAUGA